GAUGACGUCACACUAGCCGGGCCUCGGUUGCUGGAGCCUGGGCCCUCGCCGGCGACCGCGAGCAGGGUCGAGCUGGGACGGCGCUACCAUGACCAUAUGCCAGUUUUUCCUUCAAGGCCGGUGCCGCUUCGGAGACCGCUGCUGGAACGAGCAUCCCGGCGCCCGGGGUGCGGGCGGGGCUCGGCAGCCGCCACCGCAGCAGCAGCCACCCUCAGGGAAUAACCGUCGAGGGUGGAAUGCCAGCAGCCAGAGGUACUCCAACGUCAUCCAGCCUUCCAGCUUCCCCAAGUCCACACCAUGGGGUGGCAGCAGAGAUCAGGACAAACCACCAUUCGGCUCUUUUGAUUCUGGGGCUUCUACCAGCAGAGGCUUUGGGUCAUCUCAAAACCCUUUUGCUUCACCUCUCUCUGAUGAGCAGAAAGAUGAAAAGAAACUUCUGGAAGGAAUUGUUAAGGACGUAGAAGUUUGGGAGUCGUCGGGACAGUGGAUGUUUUCUGUUUACUCGCCAGUGAGAAAGAAACCCAAUAUUUCAGGAUGCCCUCAGUGCUACCUUGUGGCCAGGAGGGUCCCACGCUGCCCUCCAUUGGAGCCCUGGCUGCUGCCUUGCCUUUCCUCCUCUUCCCCACCAAGAAUCCUGCUUCUUCAUAAAGCCUGUCGGAACUCUCAAGGAGCCAUAGAGAUGGCAUCUCUUUAGAAGACUCCUUUCUUUCCAUUUGGUUUUUCCCAUGAUCCCUAUGACUGCCAAGUUCUUCCAAGCCUCUCAUGGAGAGCCUAAGUCUCUCCUGUUGAGACAGCAGGCGUGGCCCAGCCCAGCCCAGAAGUCAGGGUCAGAUUCCAGGAGCGCUGCUGGGCCUCACCCCUCACCUCUGGCUCACCACCACCACUCUCUUAUUCAGGUUUCACAGACAUUUCACCAGAGGAGUUGAGGCUUGAAUACCAUAACUUCUUAACCAGCAAUAACUUACAGAGCUAUCUAAACUCUGUUCAACAGCUUGUAAGUCAGUGGAGGAAUAGGAUAAAUGAACUGAAAAAUCUAACUAUGUCGACCAAAGGAGCUCUGCUCUCUGACGUAAAAGAUGGGGUCAGUCAAGCAGUGCCUGCGUUUGGAUUUGGAAGUAAGCAAGCAGGGUCGUUUGGGUCACCAGGCUUCCCAGUGAAUAACAGCAGCAGCAGUACUGUUCAGAACUUUAGUUUUAAAACAAGCCCUGGACUUGCCACUCCUCCUUCCGGAAGCACUUCAGUAUUUGGAAGUCACCCAGCCUUUGGGGCUGGGCCCUCUGCGGGCUCCUCCAUCUCUUCCUCCACUCCAGCCUUUGGACUUGGGAAACCUGAAGCCACGUCUGCUGCAUCAUUUUCGUUCAAGAGCCCUGAAGGUUCCAGUUUUGCAUCACCUGGGUUUUCGGGAUUUCCAGCCUCCAUGGCAGCGAGUCCCUCUGGCUCUACAACAGCCCCUCCCUUGAGAAGCGGCAGUUCUGUGGCUGGUUUUGGCAGUCCUAGCCCACAUUCUCAGGCUGUAUUUGCUAAACCUUCCACUGACGUGUUUGGAGGUAGCGGCAUAUCUACCUCUGUCCUAGCCUCCGGUGCCGCUGAUAACGCACUGUUCACACCCAGGGAUCAGCUGAUGAAGGAAGAACUGGAGCAGUUUCAAUCCCAGAGAUUUACCCUGGGAAAAAUUCCACUGAAGCCGCCACCGGUCGAGCUUCUGACUGUAUAAAGGUCAGGUUUAAAUACAGAAAGAAUGCCUUAGCCAGGCAUGUCCUGCAUGCCUACAGUCUGGGAAGCUGAGCAGCAGAACACCACAAAUUCAGGCCAGUGUGGACAGCACAGAGUGAACAAGAGACCUCCAAGAGAAAGCUCUGAAUGGCUUUGAAAGCCCUGUUUUUAUAGUGCUGCAGAUCAGGCUGGGCUCACCCAGGCCAGGCGGAUUCUACCUGACCCAUACUCCUCCCUAACUAUGGCUUCUGAGAUUGACUUGAAUACGUUUAUAUAUAUAUAUAGCUUUCAGUAAUUUGAGGGAUUUUAAAGUUUAACUUUUCUAAACACCCAGCUAAAUAAAGGAUAGCCAAAAAAGUCAAUAAGCAAGGGACUCUUUUGUACUGUAAUUACGAGUGGAACUAAACAGUACAGUGUACUGAAUAAAGUAAUUUUCUCAUUCUACUCCACUUUCUGUCCCUUUAAAUAGGGAUGUGAACAGUGGUUUCUGGAGAUCAAACCCAGGUACAGUGUCUCCUGCAUGACAGGAACUCCGUCUCCCAACUCUGACUUGUGCCUGCAUGUGUGUCUGUGCACCACGUACAUGCCUGGUUCCUUUAGAGGUCAGAUUCCCUGCAGCUGAGGUUACAGUUGUGAGGCACCAUAUAAAGGUGCUAGGAACUGAACUCUCGUCCUCUGAAGCAGCAGUCCUCCUAACCUCUGAACUAUCUACCUCUCCAGUCCCAAGCCCUCACCUUUUACAUGGGAGAAAAUCAAACGUGGAAGGAGCCGCUGAGUGGGUGGAGCAGUGGCUGCAGAGAUAUGCAGAUGUGAGGACCCAAGCUGAUGCCCAGCACUUAGGCAUGGGAGUGCGUGAAUCUGUCUCCCCAGCACUCAAGAGGCAGAGACAGGUAGAUGCCCAGAACUUGCUGACCAGCCAUUUCCAGAAACCCUGUCAAAAGGAUGGAGAAAUGAUAGGGGAAGACACCUAACACCAACCUUUGGCCAUCACACACACCUGCGCACAAACACACAUGCGUAUAGUAGACCAAAAAACUCAAGCAAAUGGCUUACCUAUUGAAGGAUGGGCACUCCAGGUGUUCAUGAACAGUGCGGAGCAUUCUUUCCCUCGGGAUCCAUAUUCUGACCCUUUUAAAGUGUGAUUCCCAUCUAACAUCAGAGGCGUUGCUCUUCUAUGGAGUCCAGCAAAUGCAGAUCAACUACACAAUGACAGGCGGACCAAUACAUGCGUGUCAUUAACAAAGAAUCUUCCAUCACGUGUCCUUUCACGUGCUUGCUUUAGCAGAGCAUCCUCUCUCCUGUGUCUGCUUCAGCGAAACAUGCCGUCACGAGUCUGCCUUAGCCUUUCACACCUGUGUCCACUUUAACAAAAACGUUCCUUCAUGUUUGCCCCAGCAAAACAUCAUCCAAACAAUUUUCCAAAGAACCCUUAAAUUUCCACUUCAUUAUUUAAUCUGGAGUCCACCCUGAGAAGUGGGUAUGGUACGGUAUGCAUCCACUUUCCACAAUGAACAUCCAAUAAACAAUAUAGAUAAACA